UUCAAUGACUGAAGUUUCCAGAAUGCUUUCCAGUCCACGCAACACACGUUAAGCUCGGGUCUAGGUAAUUUCGAGAUUUCGGAACGGUUCGGGCGACCAGUAUUACUCAGUGAAAGUGUUAAUAGGAUUUCUGCGAUUGCUGUUCCGUGAUUUAUACUAGAAGUAUUGUCUUGGGAAAGAACGAAACAUAUCUAGGAUACACUGUCUCUAAAAAGCAGCCUGAUCAACGUUAAACCCGUUAACACUUUCCUCACUAUAGCCACUUCGUAAAGCCAUUGCUCUCUUUAUGUCUCUCGUGGAAUCGUGAUAUCGCAAAUAUAUUAAAUUUUAGUGUAUAUAGCCAAGAGUCUUUCCGUUUACUAUAUUUCUUUGAAAAAAUCUGAAAAAAAUGGCAAAAUGGGGUGAAGGUGAUCCUCGUUGGAUUGUAGAAGAAAGACCUGAUGCAACUAAUGUUAAUAAUUGGCAUUGGACAGAGAAAAAUGCUUGUGCAUGGUCGCAAGAAAAGUUAAAAGAGUUGUUUUUAAAUACAAGAAUCGAAGGAGAUGGAGUAUCAUGUAAAAUAACAGAAAUGGAAAAAUGUGAAGGUGAAGCGGUAGCAAAUAAUAGAAAAGGGAAACUUAUUUUCUUUUAUGAAUGGAAUAUUAUCUUCAAGUGGAUAUUAGAUGAAAAAUCAAGUAAAAUUGAGGGUAAAAUUAAUAUUCCCAAUCUGUCUGAAGAAAAUGAUAUCAGUGAAAUAGAUAUUGAAAUUACAUUAAAAGAUAGUACAGAGGAAGGAGAAAAGGUGAAAUAUUUCUUGCAUACGAAGGGAAAGGAUGUAUUAAGACAAAAAUUGGAAAAAUAUGUAUCUUCUCUAAAAGAAGAAUUUACAAAAGGAAUGAUACUUCCUAAGAAAGAUAAUGUAAAGGAAAAUAUUUCGAAUAUAACGUCUGGCUUCAAUGUCAAAAUGCAAAUGAAUACUGGUAUGGUAGGACCUACGAACAAUAAUAAAACGGUUGGUUGUAAAAUUUCCACCACCACCAUUAAACAGCAACAAAAAUUUCAAUGUAGGGCAGACGAGUUCUUCAAUGUUUUUUCCACUGUUGAGAUGGUGCAAGCCUUCACAAGAGGUCCUGUGAGGCUUGAACUGAAAAAAUAUGGUCAAUUCGAGCUCUUUGGUGGUAAUAUUCAUGGUGAAUUCGUCGAGAUUACACCGACAAAAAUUGUACAAAAAUGGCGUUGCAAACAGUGGCCGUCUGGACAUUAUAGCAACGUAACAAUCGAUAUCUGUGAGAGGAGUGAUCACACCGAAGUUAAUUUAACACAGACAGGUGUUCCUCUUAGCGAGGAAGUAUCUACAAAGGAAAAUUGGGACAAGUAUUACUGGGACGCCAUAAAACGGACCUUCGGCUUCGGGUACUUUAUGUGAUCUAAAUACACCCUCUAAUGGAUAUUUAUUUAUUACUAAGUAGAAAAAUGGCGCAAAGAUUGUGCGCAAUCGCCUUGUACACUCACGCGAGCACUUAACUACUGCAAGCAUAAAGCCGAAUCUACGUGGUGGAAAGGAACAUGCCCGGUAUGCACGGAUUAUUCAGUUCUUCGUAUAUUUGGUACCGCCUCGUGUGUAAGACAUUUAUUGCGAUAUAUCGCAAUUGUGCGAUAACGCAUUACAAGUGACUUGUAUAUGUCUAUUAUUAGAUGUAUGUGUCCAAUAAAUCAUAAGAUAGCGAACGGUAACCUAAUUUGUUUUAUUGCUGUUAUUAAUGUGCAGCUAUUAUAAAUCAUAGUAAACAGUGAACUCUAUAUAACAGAAAUUCAAUAGUUGUAUAAAUACCAGCGACUAAAGAUGCUGUCAAUUAUAAAAAGUUAAGUUGAAGUGACAGACAUGUAAAAAAAGAUAUUUACGCAUCUUCUAUAUCACAAAUAGAAUAUUGCAUUUGUUCGAAUUCUGCGACAUCUGAAGAAUGUUAUCUCCUCUGUUAUGUAGAGUUAAUUGUUUUCUAUGAUAUAUGAUAAUUGCGCACUCAUAACUGCGAUAAGGCUCUAAUUCACCAUUCCUAUCUGUAUUCAUCUUCUCGGAAGAACUGUAUUUAAUGCUUGUAAUUCUUUUCUGAUCCGUUCUUUCUGUACGAAAAUGACCGAUGUAUCGAGUUUUGAUCCUUUCAGUCAUAGUUAAUUAAAUAAUCAUCGAAAUAAUCGCAACUA